GGCGGUUGCGAGGAGGCUUCUCUGGGCGGCUGCGCAGCCUCCCGGGGAGGACGGGGGAAGCGGUGGGAGCGGCGCGGCGGCGCCUGCGCAGUGAGGACGCGGAGAUCUCUCGCGAGGAAGGACGCCAUUAUCGCAGCCGCUCGACAAACACCACGAGAAUUCGCCACCACACACGAAAUGGAUUCAGAUUGGGACAUUGAAAGAAUGUGUGUGACAUCUGGAGUUUGUGAGGACUGAUUUUUCAACUCAAGGAGUCCAAAGAAAUAUUGGGAAAACAGCAACAUUUAAAAAUAAGAGCAUUUUAAAAUGUUUCCUCUGGAAAAGUUAAUUUUACUAGGAAAAUUGUGCAGAAAAUUCUGUUGUCCACUGAAGACUUAUUACGCAAAAUUUGUAGACUAAAGGGUUGUACGAAGUGGCAGACCUUAGAGUGUGAGUUUGGGGCCUUCCGUGGUAUUUGAGCGAAUAUUGUUGCCUGAUUCUGAAUGAUGUCAGAACAGGAUUUGGCAGAUGUGGUUCAAAUUGCAGUGGAAGACUUGAACCCAGAUCAUCCAGUUGUAUUGGAGAAUCAUGAGGUGACAGAUGAAGAUGUAGAGCCUGCUCUGAAACGCCAACGGAUAGAAAUUAACUGCCAGGAUCCCUCUGUUAAGUCGUUCCUGUAUUCCAUUAACCAGACAAUAUGCCUACGACUGGAUAGCAUUGAGGCAAAGCUGCUGGCACUAGAGGCUACCUGCAAAUCGUUGGAAGAGAAAUUGGACCUCGUCAUGAACAAACAGCAUAGCCCUAUCCAAGUCCCCAUGGUGGCGGGUUCUCCCCUUGGUGCUACACAGACGUGCAAUAAAGUGCGAUGUGUUGUCCCACAGACUACAGUUAUACUGAACAAUGAUCGGCAGAAUUCAAUAGUAGCCAAGAUGGUUGGGCAGGAAGAGCCACUGAGCAGAACAGCAGAUUCUCUGGAAAAUAUCCUUAGCAAUGCUGUUCCGGGUCGUAGACAGAACACCAUUGUGGUGAAGGUGCCAGGGCACGACGACAGCCACAAUGAAGAUGGAGAGAGCGGGUCUGAGGCCAGUGACUCAGUUUCCAACAGUGGCCAGUUAGGAAGCCAAAGUAUUGGGAACAAUGUUACUCUUAUUACACUGAACUCUGAAGAGGAUUACCCCAAUGGGACAUGGCUUGGAGAUGAAAACAAUCCUGAGAUGCGAGUCCGUUGCCCCAUCACCCCAGCUGACAUGCUGCAUAUCAGCACCAACUGCCGCACAGCUGAGAAGAUGGCACUGACGUUGCUAGAUUACCUCUUCCACCGGGAAAUUCAGGCCAUCUCCAACCUUUCAGGGCAAGGGAAGCAUGGGAAGAAGCAGCUUGAUCCGCUCAUGAUUUAUGGUAUUCGCUGUCACCUUUUCUAUAAAUUUGGAAUUACAGAGUCCGACUGGUACCGGAUCAAGCAGAGCAUAGACUCCAAAUGCCGGACAGCUUGGCGGCGAAAACAGCGAGGCCAGAGUCUUGCGGUGAAAAGUUUUUCCAGGCGAACGCCUUCCUCUUCAUCUUAUAGUGGCUCAGAGGGUACUCAGAGCACAGUGUCAACAUCUAAUGAAAUCCAGCCGAACCAGCCACAGGCCCUACAUUAUGCACUGGCUAAUGCUCAGCAGGUUCAAAUCCACCAAAUAGGAGAAGAUGGCCAAGUCCAAGUAGGUCACCUCCACAUAGCCCAGGUGCCUCAAGGGGAGCAGGUCCAAAUCACACAGGACAGCGAGGGUAAUCUGCAGAUACAUCAGGUUCAUGUCGGUCAAGAUGGGCAGGUGUUACACGGUGCUCAGUUGAUAGCUGUUGCCUCUGCAGAUCCUGCAUCUGGGGGCGUAGAUGGAUCCCCACUCCAAGGGAGUGAUAUCCAGGUCCAAUACGUCCAGCUGGCACCAGUGACAGACCACGCUGCUACUAAUCAAAGCACAGAUUCCCUUCAAUCAACUAUCCAGCCAGAAAUGCAGAUAGAACACGGAGCAAUCCAGAUCCAGUAAAACAGGAACUGUGGAAGCUUCAUAGAUCCAGAUGCCAGUGACCACAGUCAGAAGCUAAAGGCUGCCGCCCACGUACAACAACAGGAGAAAGGAUGUGACCACCAGACUAACAGACAUUUUCAUUUACGUCUCCUGUAACUAUCACUGUUCUGUUGGUCUGUUUGUUUUUACACACAUGGCUAGAUCCUCACCUGGUGUAAAUCAGUGUAGCUCUGACUUCAGUGGAACUACAUCACUUUACACCAGCUGAGGAGUUGGCCCUCUAAAUAUACAGGUUCAUCCCUUAGGUAUUUAAGGAAAAAUAUUCCCUCUGUGAGAAAAAGAAAAACAUCUAAUCAACCAAAACAUUAAAACCAAAUUAAUGUUUUAUCCCAUCAUUUCUUCUGUGAAUCAUACCACUGAAUGUCCGUAGCUCUCUUAUCAGACACAUUGCUGCUUUGCAGUACGUGCGUUAUCACAUAUAGAAAAUCAAGAGCUCAAAUAUUUUUCAUUGUUUAAAUGGCUUUUUUAUUUGCUAAGGUGUUUAUAACAAAAAAAGAAAAUGUUUAAAAAAAAAAACAAAACCCAUACUGCAAGUAUUAGCCUUUUGCUGGUGAUUUCUGUUCAGUGUAAUGAAAAAUUGUAUUUGCAAAAGACUAACAAUUUUGUUUGUAUUGUUGCUUAACUACUUUUCUAAGGAAAAAAUGCUAUCAAAUGCUGUAAUUAUGCAUUUCUAAAGAAUCAAAUAAAUGUGUAUUUAUGAACA